AUGGAGACCGACGAUCCCGAGGAUGAAGAUUACCAGAUGCUUGGAAUCAUCGAAAACACUCGAUAUAUCUCUGCACGCAAACCAUUGGCAAAGUCCCGACACUUCAUUGAAGAGGUUCUCAACCAUGGGUAUGAUGACGAAAGGUUCAAGGCCUACUACCAAAUGAAACGAGAAGAUUUUCAUUUCGUCGUCGGUCUGAUCGAGACCAACCCGGUGUUCUACAACAACAGUGCUUGUGAACAAGCAUCAGUAAGGUAUCAGCUGGCUUGUAUCCUCUUUCGAUUUGGCGCCCAAAGUUCUACUAGUUCAUCAUUGUCGAAAACGACCGACUUGUUCAGAAUCGGUAAGGGCACCCUAACCGUAUUCACUCGACGUGUUUGCUAUGCUUUAUCAUCGUUAUACGAAGAUCAAGUCAAAUGGCCAAACCCCAACGAGAGGGAGACUAUUGCGAAAAGGGUCAAGGAAUCCAGCGCUGGGUUGUUUGAGGGAGUAGUCGGUAUGGUCGAUGGGACCUUGUUUACCCUCGCCUGGAUGCCAAAACUUCAGAAACGGCGACGUAGGUACGGCCUUCGGGCAACCAUUGUUUGUGAUGAUCAACGUCUUAUAAGACACUUUGAUUGCUCGCUACCUGGUUCCCAGCAUGAUUCAGCUGCUUACAAGGAUUUACGGCUGCACCUAGACCCAGACGCAUACUUUGGUCCCACCCAAUACCUGCUUGCGGAUUUAGCAUACAGCAAUACCAUGUCAGUCGUCACUCCCCUCAAGCAGGAUCAAGGAUACACGGCCCAGAAAGCUGGAUUUAACCCUUAG